AUGUCAUAUAGUUUAUCCAAGAAAUUAGAAGAAUUCCAAGAUCUUGAUCCAAGUGAGUCGUUUCCCUAGAGAAGAGUGUCCAAAACCAUCGGUUAUCAAAAUAGCUAAUCAAUUCAAGAGGAAGAUGAGGAGCAAUCCUCUUCAAAUCUGCAAUAACCUAAAGCAAAAUUACCUUACAUGAAUUCUUCGAUAUAGUAGCCUUGUGAAUUUAGUGGAAGCGACAUGAAAGUGCCAACCAUCUAUACGAAUAUACAUUCAAUUAAAAGUUUUGAUAAAAACCUAUUCUAACCAGAAUCAAAGAAGUAUGAAGUCGUUAUUGAUUUAUUUAUAGUAAAAUAGUAGAUGUCUCAGGAUUUGAUAGUGCAUUACAAUCUCCUUAAUCUGAUUCUGUAUUCAAAUAUAUUUAUUAUAAGGUUGAGUCCUAUUUGGUAGAUAACAACAAAGCUUCAACACUCAAUUCUUAACAUAUCAAAGCUAUAAUCAAUAGGUUUAUCUAGAAAAUGAAAAGGAAAGUGGAUUGGACAUAGUUGAACGAUUUCACUUUAAUAGAUAAUGCAUAAGAAGGUACUCAUUUUUGAAAUAGAUCUUAGUGAAUCCUUAGAUUUAUAAGUGGUUUACAAUAUUCUACUUUCUAUUUAGUACGACGAUCAAUAUCUUAUCGAUAAUCAUCAUACCUUUGCAAAUUGUUGAAGAAUUAGAAUUUAAGGUUGUAGCUUACACUGCUCACUGUUUAGUCAUCCUCUAAAUAACAGCAGACAUUCAUUUCAAAAGAGGACCUUUUCAUUUGUAAGAAGGCAAUUUUAAUACGUCUUUUAUUGAUGACACCAAAUUAGGCUUAGAUCUAUUUAGGAUCAUAUUUGCCAUCCUAUUAAUAUUGGUCUAUUAUUAUAAUGUGAAAUAUCUGAUUAUCCCGUAUUUCAUUUUGCAGUUGAUAAGAUAAGCUGAGCGUUUCGAAAAUAUUUACACUUCAAUUUCGCUCUUUUUUUAUAUUAUAGUUUUAUGGCUUACAAUUGUAAUGUCAUUUGUUUGUCUCUUUGAAUCCGAGUAGGACAUCUAUUAUUCACUUACUAUUGCAGUCUCUAUUCUGACUCAUAAUGGGAUAAUCGCUGUGGAUGUCACUCCCACGAAUUCGUUCCUCCUUCAAACUUACAUGAUUAUCAGUUCGUUAUCCAUGAUAUACACAGCCACUGUUAUUUUCAUUUGGAUCAAACCGUCGAUCAAAUUGGAACAGGAGAAGGAGAAACAUUUGGCUUCAUUCCUCUAGGGAAUCAAGAACAAAAACAUAGAUUAUGGAUUACAGUGCAGAUGCUACUCAUAUCUUGAGUAUAUAGUUGAUGUAAAUUGGAUUCUCAGAUUUAGGAAGACAUCAUGAAAACCCGUGAUUUGUUGACCAAGAAGUUGUCGCCUGCUCUUUAAGAAGAAUUGCAAGUCUCCAUUCGUUCCAAGAUGGUUGAGAAGAUCAAAUUGUUUAAGAAGUUUUCUUCGAGUCUAAGACAGCAAUUGAUCUAUUGGUUUGAAAUUGCGCAAUACAACCCAGAAGAAAAUAUAGUCUAAGUAUAACAAAAAGUAAUUCUAAGGAACACUAAAUAGAAGACCAUUGUUUAUAUUACAUUUUGAAAGGAAAAGUCAAAAUACAAUUCCAAGGGUAAUUUUAAGGGAAACCAAAGAGAACAUUUCACACUUUGACAGAAGGCUAAACGUUUGGUGAAUUUUCAUUUAUUAGCGGAAUCCCAUCUUACAUUUCAUUGAAUAGUGAGGGUUUAACCACCGUAUUGAGAUUGAGGAGAUCUGAUUUCUUAGAAAUCAUCAAGUCCUUUCCUUAAGAUAAUGAAAUCUUUUGUUUUUAUAAAGAUAACUGUAAUCAGAAUCAUAACAUGUUUGAAUGCCACUAUUGUAAGGUUUAGGGUCAUAUGCUGUUUGAAUGCUAAUACUUGUAAUACUAUCCUUAAAAAAUGAAUGUCAUUGAGAAAUACUUAUAUCCUCAUAUACAAUAGCGAUUUAAAACUGAAAGGCGUCUGAAGUCGCCGAAGUCGUUACUUAUGUUGUUUGUUGUUGGAGAAAGUGCAAAACAAUUUCAGUAAAAACUAUCUUAGGAAAUUAUGACAUCUGAGGAUUUCCCAAUGUCCUCAUAGCUACCGUACAGUGAAAGUAUUAAUAAAAUUGAUAUAUAUAUAUUAAAUCUAUAUAGAUUAGACCCAACAAUCAGCCAGCUACUUAAGUAAGACUCAAUCGAUCCAUAAAGGCAACCCAGAUUAACUGAGCGAGAAUCCUGACAGUGUUGAAGAUCAAUUAUAUGAAGAAAUGAUAAUAGACCCAGUACUCAAUAAUCAAUUCAGAAAAUAAUAAAAUAAAACGACUCUCAGAACUGCUGGAUUUCCUUUUUAGGCAGAAAACCUAGGUACUAAGGUUCAUAAGCCUAUGAUAGAAAACUUGCACAAAGAAAAAUUAUAAAUGAUUAGUGAAGCAACAUAAAGUAAAUAAUUUGACUCUCUCAAUUCAAAACACGAAGAUUCAAAUUAAUUUAGUAAGUAAACCAGUAGUUCCUAAGCAUUUGUUAAGAAGAAUAAUUUAUACUCUGCAGCACGAUCAAUGCACACCAAAUUGACAUUCCGAUAUCAAUAAUAAUAAUCAAACUAGAUGGAGGAGUCAAUUCAAUACUAAUAACAAUAGAAUUCUGUAAGACAAACAUCCAAUCGAUCAAACACUUAUUCGAAUCCUCUUUCAAAUAACAUAUCAAACAAUCCAUCCAUUGCUUCAAAGGUACAUACAAAAUCAGCCAGAGUAUCUCCUACUUAAUUUUAAUCACAAUAGAAAAAGAAGGAUGAGAGGGCUUCUCAUAGUGAUCAAUCAUUAUCUGAAUAAAAUUAGAGACAUACAAAUAGAAAAAAAAGUACUAAAACAGGAACGAAAGUUAGCAUACUAUAAUCUCAAUUCCAAGUAAUCAACACUCCUGAUGUAUUUAAGUUGAUUUAUUUAUAAGAAUCCACAUUUUCAAUACAAUGAGAUAUUUUUUAAUAGAUUUGAGAGAAUGCAUCUAUUCAAGUACUACAAUCCCCAUAAUAACUAUGACAAUGUGAUACAGAGGUAUGAAUCCAGAAUUAUAUUUAAGAACCAACAAGUUCCACAGACAAAAGAAGGGAAAACUUAGUCUAUACACUUUAAGGUGUUUUGUUUCUACAAAAAUAAAGCGAGUCAAGAGAUUAUUAGAAUAAUAAACAUGA